UAAAAGGAAAUAAAAUUGUUAAUGAGAAGUUAACUAAUCCCAACCCCAAAUAAAAGAUUGAAGAGGAAAUGAAUGGCAAUCUAGAAAUAGGCGUAGCAGAAAAACUGGUGAUACAAAGCAAUGGACCUGUCUUAACCGCCAUAUCUUUCUCGUUUUCUUCGCAAAACAACGUUGUUUCCUGGCCAUCAACCUCGUUUCUCUCUCUCUCUUAACACAAAAUCGUUGUAAUAACUACGAAACCAUCACAACUUCCAUACACAUAUUUCUUGUCUGACGUUGUUUGCGUCUCUAUUCCUCUCGUGUUGUUUUCAAAAAAAUGCUCUCCUUCUCUCCCUGCCCUCUCCCGCUGGACGUCUGACCAGAGAUUUUGUGUUGUGUGUUGUUAUUGCUACUUUAAUGGCCCAACAUACCACACGAGAUUCCUUCUCUGGUCCCAUUCUUUACGGCCCUUCCGCCACCGCCAUCGACCCUGCAGAGGCUGACCUCACAUGGCCUUUUGGAGACCUCGUCAGUCUCGACCGCGAGGACAUCCGAGAGACUGCAUAUGAAGUCUUCUAUACAGCUUGUCGAUCCUCCCCAGGAUUUGGUGGUGGCAGGAAUGCCAUCACUUUUUACUCUAACCAUCAUCAUCUUCAUGAUGCUGUAGAUAGCGGAGGAUCUGGGUCGACGUCGGGGUCGGGGUCAGUGUCUUCUAAUGGUGGCCGGGUGGGUGGCGGCUCUGUAGUUGUGACUACUCCAACAAGCAAGAUAAAACGGGCUCUUGGUCUAAAGAUGCUGAAGAGGUCGCCGUCCAGGAGAAUGUCUAGCGGGGCUAGCGGUGGGGGCGGAGGAGGCGGUGUGGUGGGGUCAACACCAGGAUCUCCAUGCAGUAGUACUCCAUCAAAUCAUAGCGGAGGAUAUAGCCCCUUUUCGACGCUUCAGACUGUGCCGAUGUCGAGGCCAAGGCGGCCUCUGACUUCAGCAGAGAUAAUGAGGCUACAGAUGAGGGUGACAGAGCAGAGUGAUAAUCGAUUGAGAAAGACGCUGAUGAGGACUCUAGUUGGCCAAGUGGGGGGAAGGAAAGCAGAGACGAUAAUCCUGCCAUUGGAGCUGCUCCGCCACCUUAAACCAUUAGAAUUCGGUGAUACGCACGAGUAUCAUCUUUGGCAAAGGCGCCAGCUCAAAAUCUUGGAGGCCGGCAUCCUCCUCCACCCAACAAUCCCACUAGAAAAAUCUAAUUCCUACGCUAUGCGUCUUCGAGAAAUUAUCCGUUCCAGUGACACAAAACCCAUUGACACAAGCAAAAAUUCUGACACCAUGAGAACCUUAUGCAACUGUGUUGUUACCUUGUCUUGGCGAAGCCCUACCGGUGCACCCAGCGAUGUCUGUCAUUGGGCUGAUGGCUUCCCUCUCAACCUUCACAUGUACACAUGCCUUCUUCAAGCAAUUUUUGAUUUCAGGGAUGAGACAUUAGUCCUUGAUGAGGUUGAUGAGCUUGUGGAGUUGAUGAAAAAGACAUGGUCUACACUCGGAAUCAAUAGACCAAUACACAAUCUUUGCUUUACUUGGGUGCUUUUUCAACAAUAUGUGUUGACAUCUCAAACUGAACCUGAUCUUCUCUACGCUGCGCAUGCUAUGUUGUCUACGGAGGUAGCAAAUGAUGCAAAGAAGCCAGACAGAGAGGCAAUCUAUGUUAAGCUUUUGUCUUCUAUGUUAGCUUCGAUGCAGGGGUGGGCUGAGAGGAGAUUGCUUCAUUACCAUGACUAUUUCCAGAGGGGAAAUAUUUUCUUGAUUGAGAAUCUUUUGCCUCUGGCUUUAUCAGCAUCAAAGAUUUUAGGCGAGGAUGUUACUCUCAUUGAAGGAACGGGGAAAGAAGACUGGAAGAUAGUGGAUUCUUCUGGAGAUAGAGUGGAUCACUAUAUUCGAGCUUCUAUAAAGAACGCAUUUGCAAGGAUAAUAGAAACUGGAAGCUAUAAGAGAACGUGCGUGGAAGUGAAAGAUGAGGCCAGCGAGGCUCUCCUCCAAUUAGCUAAAGAAACAGAGGAUUUGGCCUUGAGAGAGAGGGAAAGUUUUAGUCCAAUACUGAAGAAAUGGCAACCAAUUGCAGCUAGUGUUGGGGCUGUAACACUACACCAGUGCUAUGGGGUAGUUUUGAAGCAGUAUCUUGCUGGGAUGUCCUCGCUCAACUGUGAGUCAGUUGAAGUACUUCAGAGGGCUGCAAAGCUAGAAAGGUUUUUGGUUCAAAUGGUGGUUGGAGACUCAGCAGAUUGUGAAGAUGGAGGCAAAUCAAUCGUGCGAGAGAUGAUUCCAUAUGAAGUUGAUGCAGUCAUAAUGAGGGUCAUGAAACAAUGGGUCGAUGAAAGGAUGAAAAAAGGGAAAGAAUGUUUUGUCCGAGCCAAAGAUACUGAAACAUGGAAUCCUAAAUCCAAAAGUGAGCCGUAUGCACAAUCAGCUGUGGAGUUGAUGAAAUUUGCAAAGGAAACGGUAGAAGAAUUCUUUGAAACUCCUGUUGGAAUUACUGAUGAUCUCGUUAGUGAACUUGCCGAAGGCUUAGAGCAUCUCUUCCUGAAAUACAUCAAAUUUGUAGAAGCUUGUGGCUCAAAACAGAGUUAUGUCCCCACUCUACCUCCCCUAACCAGAUGCAAUCGCGACUCCAAGUUCUUCAAGUUGUUUAAGAUGACUACUCCAUGCAGUGUUUCCACAGAAGAAAUGCAGCGAGAAGGAGUAGCAGAAGCUCACCAUCCAAGGCCAUCAACAAGCCGAGGAACACAACGUCUUUACAUCCGUCUCAACACUCUGCACUAUCUACUCUCUCACCUCCAUUCUUUGGACAAGUCCCUUUCCCUUGCUCCAACAACUAUUUCUUCAGGCCGUACUCGUCAUACUAGCCAUCGCAGGAACCGUUCUACUGCCUCUUCUUUCUUUGAAGGAGCCUAUUCAUCCAUUCAAUCUGUCUGUCAACAUGUAUCAGAAGUUGCUGCAUAUCGUUUGAUCUUCCUUGAUUCGAAUUCUGUAUUCUAUGAAACACUCUAUGUGGGUGAUGUAGCACAUGCCAGGAUUAGGCCUGCUUUGAGAAUCCUGAAGCAGAAUCUUACUCUUUUAACAGCAAUUCUUACAGACAGAGCUCAGGCUUUAGCAUUGAGAGAAGUGAUGAAGGCGACGUUUGAGGCUUACCUCAUGGUAUUGCUUGCUGGAGGAUACUCCCGGAUGUAUUUUAGAUCUGAUCAUCCAAUGAUUCAAGAAGAUUUCGAGAAUCUGAAGCGUGUUUUCUGCACGUGUGCUGAAGGGUUAAUGAAUGAGGAGCUGGUUGAGAAGGAGGCCGACAUAGUUGAAGGGGUAAUAAAAUUGAUGGGUGAAAGUACAGAGCAGCUAGUGGAAGAUUUCAGCAUCGUGUCUUGUGAAACAAGCGGUAUGGGAGCUGUGAGUGCAGGGCAAAAACUACCAAUGCCCCCAACGACGGGAAGGUGGAAUAGAGCAGACCCAAACACAAUAUUAAGAGUGUUAUGUUACAGAAAUGAUAAAGCAGCAAAUCAGUUCUUGAAGAAAUCUUUCCAAUUGGCAAAGAGGAAAUGAAAGAUAAUGAUAAUUUUGACCUUUGUAAAUUAUAGCCGGCUAAGGUUGUCUAACUUUAUAGGCAUUGUAAUUUAUGCACUUCCAGCGUAUGUAACAAAAAUGAACAAAAAAAAGAAAAAGAAAUUAUGAGAGAGCUAUUGUAACAUAUCAAGAACUGCUUGGCCGAAGUUCUUUGUAGAGCUAGUCAGCUAGGAAUUGUUUGUAGUAAAUAUAUGCUCUGGCAAACUUUUGUUGUGAAGUUAUCGGAACUAAGUUAUGUGAAACGCGUAUAUUAUGCUUUUGUUCAUUUUGUAUAUCAAUUAAUCAGAGUGGCGCAGCGGAAGCGUGGUGGGCCCAUAACCCACAGGUCCCAGGAUCGAAACCUGGCUCUGAUAAAAGAAUGGCCUUUUGUUUUAUUUUUUUUUUUUGCGCUUUCGAUUUUCCUUUGGGCUCUGAUAGUUGUAUCGUCUCUGUAAAAGUCGGAUAAUCCUACACUAGGCUCUUAGCUAGCCCAUAAGGUUGGGCAUUUAUGGGCUUGAACCUCAGCCCACU